ACUGGGAUAAAAUACUUCAUUGAAACAAGCACCAAUUUGUACCACUGGUAACCAGAUAGUUAGUUACCAAUUGUGCUGAAUUGCAUUGUGGCACAAAAUCACAAAUCCCAUUUAAGACAUGGGACCGAUACUAGAAUUUUUCACCCGUGUUCAAAGCAUUAGUGACUUUGUUGAGCUUCACAAGUUUACACACUUUCGGAUGCUUUGGACAUGAUGUGUGAAAAAUUCUAAUAUCGGUCCCUUUAAUUGAAUGGGAUUUGUGCCACACAUGCUAAAACAUUAGCAUGUGGAAACAGUACCAAGGAAACUAAACCGAAGCAUGGAUUCCUGUCGUACCUUGUCCAUAUACUGAUUACAGGUUAAGGAAACCAAUGCGUCCUUUUUUUAUUUGACUGAACUAUCCCUUUAACCAGUGAUGUAGUGAUGAAAAAAUUGGUGGCAGAAUGCUGAUCGCUGUUCAGGAUUAGAGAAGUAACAGUCCCUAUGCUUUCAAUGCAUUUUUCUGCCAAAUUUGAGUAAACACUCGUGCAAAAUGUUUAAAAAGUGUGUUAACGGUGUUUAUCCUGCAUCACUGUUGUUAACCCUUUCACAAAGGCUCAUUGUUACAUUGUUCUGAGAGAAACAGCAUUUUUAAAGUCUUUUGAGAGACCCGUGUCCCUGGACAUGUGGACAGACCUCAGUGCUCUAUGGCCCUCUAUUCCAUGUUGCUGAGUACAAUGGGGUUCACCGGUAUAAAAAGAAAGGUUUUAAACCAGUAGGAUAACAGUUCCCCAGCAAGAGCAGCAGCAGCACAGAGAGACAAAAUGACCUCCACCGGCAUGAACAUGAACAGCAGAAUCACCUUCUACGAGGACAGGAACUUCCAGGGUCGUUCCUAUGAGUGCAGCAGCGACUGCUCUGACAUGUCCUCCUACCUGAGCCGCUGCCAUUCCUGCAGGGUUGAGAGCGGCUGCUUCAUGGUGUACGACCGCUCCAACUACAUGGGAAGCCAGUGGUUCAUGAAGAGGGGAGAGUAUUCUGACUUCCAGCGUAUGAUGGGAAUGACCGACAUCAGGUCCUGCCGCAUGAUCCCCAUGCACAGAGGAUCUUUCAGGAUGAGGAUCUACGAGAGGGAGAACUUUGGAGGUCAGAUGCACGAGAUGAUGGACGACUGUGACAGCAUCAUGGAUCGUUACCGCAUGAACAACUGCAUGUCCUGCAACGUUAUGGACGGCCACUGGUUCAUGUAUGAGCAGCCCCAGUACAGAGGCAGGAUGAUAUACAUGAGGCCUGGAGAGUACAGAAACUUCAGUCAGAUGAGCUCUAUGGGUAGGCUCAUGAGCAUGAGGCGUAUCAACGAGUCCUGUUACUAGAUAUAGCUUUUUACUGAUGUAAAUAAGAGAAGCCAUUGAAUAAAAAUGUCUGUUUGAAAAAAGCCUAAAUGCUUGCACAUUUCGUUUACCCCUUUAUCCAAACCUCUUGACAGGCCAUUCUGAAAACAUACAAAUACUGUAUGUCAUAUACCGAUCAAUUCUUAAUGACACAAGAAACACAUAAAAAAUCAAUUAAAAAUGUAAGGGAAAAAAA